AUGUUUCGAGUGAUAUUUUCGAUUUUCGUGUUUUUUAUUCUCCGAGUAAGAACACAAGUACCUUCCUUCGGUGAAUGUCCGGACGUACAAGUUGUACAAGAUUUUAAAGUGGAUGAGUAUUUAGGUAAAUGGUAUGAAAUUGAGAAAUAUUUUGCAAUCUUUGAACUUGGUGGAAAGUGUAUCAGUGCUGUAUAUGGCAAACAUCCAAAUGACACAGAUGCAAUAACAGUUGUUAACAAGCAAAUCAAUCAAAUAUUUGGCACCUCUUCCCAAGUAGAAGGUUAUGCAAAAUUUGAGGAUCCGAGCAGCACAGAGGCGAAAUUGACGGUGACAUUCACUUCUCUUCCAGUUAGUAACUCAGGAAAAUAUUGGGUUUUGGGAACAGAUUAUGAAAACUAUGCCGUGGUUUGGUCUUGUAGCAGUGCAGCUUAUUUGAAUGGACAAUUUGCUUGGAUAUUAGCAAGAGAACGAAAACCAUCAGAAGAAAUUUUGGAGAAAGCAUAUGCAGUCAUUGAGCAGAACAACCUCAGUAAAUUCUAUUUAAUGAAAACGAAUCAGGAUGAUUGUCCAGAAGAACAAUGA